AAUCGCAAGGGAAGUGACAAAAAGCUCAUUGAUGAUCGUACCAAGGUCAGGAGAAUCCUCUGAUUGUUUCAAUUGGUUUGUAGAAAAGUUGUUGAAAGGCGAAGAAGCCAAGUCAACAAAGGAAUCGGGCAAGAUUGGCAGGAUCGAUCUAGAGGCAGCCGCGGUCCUCAAAAGGUGCAACGAGUAUGUUAACUCUGGUGAAGCAGUAUUAGGAAACGUUCCUGGGGUUGAAGUCGGGGACGAAUUCUACUAUCGGGUGGAGCUCUCUAUUGUUGGACUUCACUGCCCUUAUCAAGGAGGUAUAGAUUCUGUAGUCAAAAACGGUCUACGUCUUGCGACAAGCAUCGUUGCUUCUGGCGGCUACCCUGAUGACAUCGACAGUUCGGAUGUGCUAAUAUAUUCUGGCGCGGGAGGAAAACCCGCAGGUAAGAAAGAAGCGGAAGACCAGAAGCUCGAGCGUGGGAACCUAGCACUCAAAAACAGCAUUGACAUGCAGACACCUGUGAGGGUUAUACAUGGCUUUAAGGAGCAUAAAGGGGGCGAUAGCUCCGAUGGGCGGAUUAAGAUGGUCUCGACGUUCACUUACGCAGGAUUGUACCUUGUUGAGAAGUAUUGGAGUGAGAAAGUGCCCCAUGGUGUUUCUGUUUUUAAGUUCCAGUUGAGACGAAUGCCAGGGCUACCCGAACUUGCCCUAAAUGUAGUUAACAAGACAAAAAGGUUGAAAGUCCGCAAAGGUUUAUGUGUGCGUGAUAUAUCUCAAGGCAAGGAGAAGAUACCAACCUGUGCGGUCAACACAAUCGAUGAUGAGCGGCCGCCGCCGUUUCAAUAUAUCACCAAGAUCAUAUAUCCACCAUGGUAUGCCAACACUCGUCCCAUGGGUUGCGACUGUUCUGGCGGCUGUUCGGAUUCUGCCAAGUGCGCUUGUGCGAUGAAAAAUGGAGGGGAAAUUCCAUUUAAUUUCAACGGCGCUAUUGUUCAGGCGAAGCCACUUAUAUACGAGUGCAGGCCAAACUGCAAGUGUCUGCCGCCGUGCCACAACAGGGUGAGCCAGCACGGUAUCAAAAUACAGCUAGAAAUAUUCAAGACCCUGUCGAGAGGGUGGGGGGUCAGAUCCUUGAGUUCUAUUCCGUCCGGAAGCUUCAUAUGUGAAUCUGUAGGCGAGCUGCUUCAGGAUAAAGAGGCUGAACAGAGGAGCAACGACGACUACCUCUUUGAUAUUAGGGGACUACUCUUAUCCCAACCCUACAAUUUUUCGUCCAAGAAUAAUAAACUUGAUAAUAAGAAAACUCAAAUACUAUUAAAAGUAAUCUAAGCCAAAUUCUAUAGAGUUCGAUUGUGGUGCUUCUAGCAGCACCAAACGCUUGGUUUACCAACUUUUCCACCAUUACAUCUAUUUUUCCAAUCAUUUCUACCUUCAGAUACUUUCAA